AUGUACGCCAACAAUUCAUUUGCACGGUAUGCCGUGCCGAUGAGCGGCAGCAAACAACAGCAGCAGCAACAACAACAACCCACCAAUUCGCUUGUCAAUCUGCAUUCGUCAUCCGAUGUGUCUCUUUCUCUGGCAGGCAGCACGUCAACCCAUGUAGCACGUCAAUUAUCUUAUGCACAGAUUUCAAGGCAAUCGUCGUCGCCACACCAUCAUGCUCGUACAGCUGCAGCCAUGGCUCGUAAUGCUCCUGUUUCUUCGACGGUGACUAUCACUGAUCCGAAUAACCCCAACAAGUCUCUCAACGGCUUCAGCAAAACGGAGGUUGGACGACCAGCAAGAUCAUCAAUGAUGAAUGAAUCGACUGAAGAGAGCUCUCAGACAUGGACGACGUUGGAUAUGGGUGGAAUGGGGCUUAAGAACCUUGCAUUGGCUGUAUGCAAUUAUUCAUUUCUCACCGUGCUCUACUUGAAUCACAACAACUUGACGUUUCUACCGCCUGCUCUAUCAAAGUUAUCUCAUCUCAAGACAUUGGAUGUAUCUGGCAACAAACUUACCGAUAUUCCACCUGAUCUCGGAUUACUUAUCAACCUACGAGAGCUCCUACUCUUCGACAACAACCUCGUCACAUUACCAUCCGAACUUGGCUCGCUCUAUCAACUUGAAACACUUGGCCUCGAAGGCAAUCCACUACAUCAAGACAUUAGAGAUAUCCUCAUUCAAGAAGGAUCAGCUGCUGUCAUUCAAUCUCUACGAGAGAAUGCACCAGUGGGGAUGCCACCUCCUCAACGAGAGUGGAUCGCAGUAGAUACCAGCGGAUCAGAAUCGGAUCCAGGGAGAUUCACGGUGCUAUGCUAUAAUAUCCUCUGUCAAAAAUAUGUCACGAGUCAAGCCUAUGGAUAUGCACCUUCAUGGGCAUUGGGUUGGGAAUAUCGCAAGGAGCUCAUCCUCUCUGAAAUUUUUGGUUGCGACGUGGAUAUCGUGUGUCUUCAAGAACUAUCUCUAGAUUUAUACGAGGAUGAAUUCAGGGAGGAAUUUAGACAACGUGGUGAUUAUGACAGCGUUUACUAUCCCAAAUCAAGAGCAAAGACCAUGUCUGGAACAGAGCGAGGCCAAGUGGAUGGAUGUGCAACUUUUUUCAAAUCAUCAAAGUUCGAAUUGAUUGAGGUGCAUCUAAUGGAAUACAAUCAAAAAGCGCUGCAACGAGCCGAUUUCAAGAAGAGUGCUGAUAUUUAUAACCGCGUCAUGACCAAGGACAAUAUCGCGGUGCUCACGAUGCUAGAAAACAAGGAAACCUUGGAUCGUAUCCUCGUUGCCAAUACACAUCUUCAUUGGGAUCCAUCGUUUGCAGACGUCAAAUUGGUGCAAGUUGGUAUGCUAUUGGAUGGCAUCGAGAAAUUUGCUACAAAGUACUUGAAACCACCUCCCUCUUCACCUAAUGGACCCACCUACGCUUCGACUUCGGACCUACCUACUCUCAUCGCUGGCGAUUUCAAUUCUGAACCUGUGUCAGGUGUCUAUGAAUUUUUGUCAAAGGGAUUGGUUCGUGAAAACCAUGACGACUUUGGUGAAUAUCUAUACGGCGAUUAUACCAAGGAAGGUCUCUCUCACAAUUUGAGUCUCAAGAGUGCUUAUGCAUCAAUGGAUGAGCUUCCCUUCACCAAUUACACGCCUGACUUUAAAGGUGUCUUGGAUUACAUUUGGUCGACAACCAACACGCUUCAAGUCAUGUCACUACUUGGACCUAUUGACAAGCAGUAUCUUGGCAAAGUGAUUGGUUUUCCCAAUCCACAUUUUCCUUCCGAUCAUAUUCCCAUCAUGGUUGAGCUUCAGUGUAAGACUCCCAGGGCAGCGGAAAAGAAAGCAGCGGACAAACAAGACAAGCGAUAG